CGCCGGAUUGCUCUUUGCCUUCUGUCGGGUUCUCCUCUGUCUCCGACACGCUCCAGGAAUUGUUCGUUGCUCGGAUUUCAUGGAAGAUUUUUGUGAUCUCCUUAUUCGGAGAGGGAUAUUUUCAGGCAGCGGAAAUAAACCGUAAUUGCUUGUGCGUUGUUGACUCUACUUUAAGAAUCUGCAUUGUAAGGCGUAGUAAGAUUACACUAACAUGGGAGAUGGUAGUACAACAAGCUCCAACAGCAGGGGUGUCGGGGCCAACAGCUCGAGCAGUGGCAAUGAGAAACCAGAGUGGCUGCAACAGUACAACCUCGUCGGCAAGAUUGGUGAAGGGACUUAUGGUCUAGUGUUCCUGGCCAAAACCAAGACCCCUACAAAAAGACCCAUUGCCAUUAAGAAGUUUAAACAGUCAAAGGACGGGGAUGGAGUUUCCCCAACCGCCAUCCGUGAAAUCAUGCUGCUAAGGGAGAUUUCCCAUGAGAAUGUUGUGAAGCUUGUGAAUGUCCACAUCAACCAUGCAGACAUGUCCCUGUAUCUUGCUUUUGAUUACGCCGAGUACGAUCUCUAUGAAAUCAUCAGGCACCACAGGGACAAAGUCAUCCAUCCCAUCAAUCAGUACACAGUUAAGUCGUUGCUCUGGCAGCUUCUUAAUGGCUUGAACUACCUCCACAGCAAUUGGAUUAUACACCGCGAUCUGAAACCAUCGAAUAUCUUGGUUAUGGGCGAGGGAGAGGAACACGGAAUAAUCAAAAUCGCUGAUUUUGGGCUUGCAAGGAUAUAUCAAGCCCCAUUGAAGCCAUUAUCAGAUAAUGGAGUUGUGGUCACCAUCUGGUAUCGUGCCCCCGAGCUGCUUCUUGGGUCAAAGCAUUACACGAGCGCUGUCGAUAUGUGGGCUGUUGGAUGUAUUUUUGCUGAAUUGUUGACUCUCAAGCCGCUGUUUCAAGGGGCGGAGGCAAAGUCGACACCAAACCCGUUCCAACUGGAUCAACUCGACAAGAUAUUCAAGAUUUUAGGCCACCCAACUUUGGAAAAGUGGCCGACUCUCGGUAACCUUCCACACUGGCAGUCCGAUCUUCAACACAUUCAAGGGCACAAGUAUGACAAUGCAGGGCUUCACAACGUCGUUCACCUCAACCCGAAAGGUGCGGCUUUCGAUCUCUUAUCCAAGAUGCUCGAAUACGAUCCACUGAAGCGCAUCACAGCAGCACAAGCGCUAGAGCACGAGUAUUUCCGGAUGGAUCCACUCCCUGGACGCAAUGCCUUCGUUUCCUCCCAACCCAUGGAGAAAAUCGUGAACUACCCGAGUCGGCCCGUAGACACAAACACGGAUUUCGAGGGUACGACAAGUAUCAAUCCUCCUCAAGCGGUACAAACCGGGAACGUACCGGGAAACAUGGCAGGUGCUCAUACAAUGGGUGGAAGAUCUAUGCCACGGCCAAUGGUCGCUCAUAACAUGCAGAGGAUGCAGCCACAGGGCAUGAUGGGUUAUAAUUUCCCGGCACAGGCCGGAAUGAAUCCCGGAGGGGUCCCGAUGCAGCAGCGGGGAAUGCCUCAAACGCAUCAGCAGCAACAGUUAAGAAGGAAAGACCCCGGAAUGAAUAUGUCCGGAUACGUGCCUCCUAACAAAAACAGACGCCUCUGAUCGAACCAGCGGAGAAAUCGGGAACCUUCCUUUCGGAUCUUCACGAGGUGGGACCAGCGAUCCUGUGUGAGUUUUCACGAAGGUCCAUUAAAAAAAAGGGAUACUCACGCCCGAGAAUGUACGCCACAAAUGUUCAUGCAUGGAUUUGAAAUUUUAUACGAAUAGCUAUACCACCUUGCAUUUGGUUAAUCCAUGCAUGAAUCUGCAAACAUGUAAAUCGAGUUGAAUGGAUGUGAAUUUUUUUU